UCCUAAUAUCACUUUUUUUUUAUCAGAAAGUAAUUGUGAAUUAUUUGUUGUUUAGCCGCUUUUCGUGUGUCGUUCCCUUCUCUUCGUGAAUCCUUGAAGUCCUUGAUCCCCUCCAGUCAGUUGGCGCUGCUCGCGAUGGUGUCGAAGAACCAAUUCCAGCAGAACCGGCCCAUGCAGCCGCAGCAGUACCCGCAGCAGCAGCAGCCGCAGCAGCAGCAGCCGCAGCAACAACAGUACCAGCAGUACCAGCAACAGCAGAUGCAGCAGCGCAACAAUCAGAACAACAACUUGAACAAUAAUAUUAACAACAACAACGCCCGAGCAGCUGCAGCUCCGUAUAGGAAGCCCUUCCGUCCGGGCAACAACAAUGGCUCCGGACCAGGCGGAAAUGGUAAUGUCAAUGGUAAUGGCAGUGGGAAUGGCAAUGGAAAUGGAAAUGGGAACAACCAGAUGAUGUUCUCCUCCAGCCAAAUGCCCAGCGAUCCUCUGUACAUCGACUUCAACAGUCCCGCUCCGGGAAACCACCAGAAUCAAGGCGAUGGUCUCAAGAAGAAGCCUUUAAAGGGCAUCAAACAGCAGCAGCAGCACACCAAUCCCAACCAGCAGCAGCUGGGCAGGAUGAACAACAACCAGAACAACAAACAGUUGAACCAGCAGCUGCAGCAGCAGCCCUACAACAACAACAACCAGAUGAACGGAGGCGACUGGCAACGCUUUCCGGGCCAUAACAAUCCCAACCAGAAUCGAGGCGGCGGUUUCAAUGGGUUCCAGCGCGGACCGCCACCGAAUCGUCCGCCUGGACGCCACAUGAUGGGUCCGCCCAUGGGCCCCAUGGGUCCCGGACCAGGACCCCGUGGCCCCGGCCCAAUGGGCCCGUACCCGCAGAUGCCUUUCCAGCCGCCGAUGCCCGGAAUGCGGGGACCACAUCCCAUGGGCGGACCACCCAUGGGUGGACCACCGCCGCCGCCACCUCCGCACUUUAUGCGUCGCAAUGGACCUGGUCCCGGUCCGGGUCCCAUGAUGGGUGGACCACCGCCGCCACCCAUGCACCACAUGCACAUGGGUCCACGGAUGCCGCCGCGCGGCAUGAUGCCGGGUCCAGGACCCUUCCUCGGCGGCGGACCGAUGAACAUGAACGGCGGCCGGAUCACGAAGCCCAAUCCCAAGCUCAUCAAGCAGGCGCUCAAGGGAAAGAGCAGCAUCAAGACGCUGAAGAACCUGAUCAACCAGUACCCCAUCGACAAGCCCUGGGUCACGGACGAGAUACGCGACGAGCACGCCAAGAAGGUGGACAUCGAGAACCGGCUGAAGGGCCACAAGGACGAUGAGCUCUUUGCCCAGUACAAGGGGCAGCGGGACAAGUUCGUGGGCCUCUACGAGGCGGCACGGGAGGAGUAUCUCAAGCAGGAGGCUGCCAGCGUCAAGGCCAAGGAUGCCAAGUCAGACAAAGACAAAAACGAAAAUUCAAAUCAGAGCGCCGCCCCUAAGGCCGGAAGCGCUAAAGAUGCAACAAUUCCAAAUCCCUAGGCAGCCAAUGCAACCGAAACCGAAUUCAAAUACCGAAUCAAAUCGAAUCGAACCGAAUCAAGAUCAGGUCGACUCACAGAACAUAGCAGAAACUAAAAUUUAAACGUAAAACUAACAUAAAAAACAAUUCAAAACUUAAAGUCAAGAAAAAAACAGAAAAAUCAGAAAAACAGAGAAAAGCGAGCAAGAUCAAGAGUCUGACAAUUGAAGACGUAUAGAACUCAAGACCCUGACUCGAUAUCGGCUAUAUAUAAAGCCUUCUUCUCUCGAGGAGGUGCUUUUGUCACACGUUGCUUUUGCGACUGAGAACUGAGCUUAAUAACUAUAAUAUUGAAACAGAAAAAAAAAACAAAAAAUAAAGAACAACAACCCCAGC